AUGAACAAACGGAAAAAAUUAAUUCAGCGAAUUCUUAAUGGGUACAGUUCGAAAGACCAUGGCUUAUCAGCUGAUUUUAUUUUGACGAAUUUAACACAGAUGAAGGGGUGUGGGUGUAAAGUUCCGCAAGCGGUUGCCUAUUUCUUUAAAGGUAUUGGAUUGGACAGUUGUGUAAUUCCUCUGCGUCACAAGGGUCUCUUUCUUGUUCAGACAACUGAUUUUUUUUAUCCACUCGUUGAUGAUCCAUAUAUAAUGGGACGAAUUACGUGUGCUAAUGUCCUCAGCGAUCUGUAUGCGAUGGGUGUUACUAAUUGUGAUAAUAUGUUAAUUUUACUUGGAAUUCCGCGUGACCUCGAAGAUAUUGAACGAAAUAUCAUUGUUUCAAAUUUCCUUCAAGGAUUUCACGAAACAGCGAGUGAAGCUGGAACAGUCAUACGCGGAGGGCAAACAGUCAGAUGUCCUUGGUUACUUUUAGGUGGUGUUGCAUCGAGCGUGUGUGUUGAACAAGAAUUGGCUAAAGUAGAUGCUGCACAACCUGGCGAUGUGCUGAUUCUUACUAAGCCUAUUGGUGGUCAGAUAGCAGUAAAUUCGUACGAAUGGAUGAAAAAAAAUAAUGGUCGAAUUGAGGAAUUAAAUCUAGAUAAAGAUAAAGUUCUGCGUGCUUAUCAGCAAGCUGUUGAACAAAUGUGCAGAUUAAAUAGAAAUGCUGCUGGUAUGACUAUUAAGUAUGCUACCCAUGCUUCAACUGAUGUUACUGGUUUUGGAAUUCUCGGUCAUGCGAAGAAUCUUGCUAAAGCACAAAAAGCAGAAGUUCAAUUUGUUAUCAAUACAUUACCUAUAAUCGAUUAUAUGGCCCACAUUGCUGAUGCGAUGAAUAACGGUUUCAAUCUUUUCAGCGGUACUUCAGCUGAAACAUCUGGAGGAUUACUGAUUGCUGUUGAAAAAGAGAAGGCUGUUGCAUUAUGCGAGGAACUCGAACAACUUGAUGGUUUCCCAGCGUGGAUAAUUGGUGAAGUUAUAAAAGGACCUCGAUCUGCAAAAAUAGUGGAAAAUCCAAAAGUAAUUUCUGUCCCAUCGAGAAUUCAUCCAUAA